ACGCCGCGCCGUUCAGUUCAAUGUUCGACACCGGUUGCGAUCGUGUAGUAUGUGAGAAAUUUUUUUCCCGUUCCGCCGUCCGCGCUCACUUGACAUCGGUACACCGUAACCGUACGAAUAAUAAUUAUAAUAUCGUUAUCUAUACCGUCUCACGGCGACAACGAUACUAAUAUUAUUAUCAUCAUCGGCACAUCGCCGCGUGCAGCCUGAUCUCAGGAUUCCCCGAACAGAGAAUAUUGUACUUAGGUACCUACGCCCGAGUAUAAAUAUUUUCCGAUCGUUCCUCGGUCCGCCGUCGCGUAUCGAUUCCGCGCCCCGUCGCUGAAGUAUAAUAUAUAGUAACUCAACGCUUGUGCGGUUUUUUUUUUUUUUUUGUUUUGCGUCGUCGCGAGUUGUUCGACUUUCGGUUAAAACUCGUUUUUCCGGAUUUUUCACCGCUCGAAAUAAGUGAUUGAUUUUCAUGCGUAUCGAUAGACUUAACUCGCAGUGUUAUCGCGUCAUGAAGUUAACACGUCAAAUCGUCCACUGCUAGGAUAUACACAUACAGCAGUAAACGUGAAAUCAUAUCACAGCCGCUCGAACGCUUUAAAGCGGCAUGGAAAUGGCUGCCGGCAUGGAAGUGGUCGGCGGUGCGGGAGCUCAUCAUCACCACCACCAUCAUCCGCACCACCGAAGCUGGUACGAGACGCCGGCCGGGUCGUCGACGUCGUGCCGGGACGAGCCUCUGGUGGCCGACAACAUGUCUGACCACAUGAACUCGUUCUUCGCUCAUCACCACGUCAGCGCGCUAGACGCUCACCCCGCGGCCAGGGACUACCAUCAUCACCGGGCGGCAGCAGCGGCCACGGCCGCGGCCGCGGCGCCGUAUCACCGCGAUUCGCUCACCGUCACCGCCCGCUACUAUCACCAGCAGAUCCACUCGCCGUUCGCACCGCCUCCGCCGACGUCGUCGCACGGAUCGUCGAGAAACAUGUGUAGGCCUUCACACUUUUCUCAUCCGGCCGCCGCCUGGCUGAACGGCGGAAACAACAACAACAAUAACAACAACAACAACGGUAACAACCAGUUGGACACCAAAAUGCAAUCGUCGUCGCCCGGCGGCGGUUGGUAUUCGUCGUCGCCAACAGUGCAAGACGACUCGCCGUCGGCUGUCGCCUCUUCGUCCAAAGACAUGCAACAUUCCGGCGGCGGCGGCGGCGGCAACAACAACGGCGGCGGCGGCGUCGGCGGCGGACAUCCGAUGUUCACGUUUCCGCCGACACCGCCCAAGGACAGCACGCCCGACUCGAUGACCACCGCCACGACGACGGCCACGAGCUCGUCGUCGUCGUCGUCGUCUUCGAACAGCGCGGCGGCCGCGGCGGCCGCUGCGGCCACCGCCUACUCGAUCGCGUCGAUGGGAGUGUUCCUGCACCCGGACAACCAUCAGGGAUGCGGAGGCGGCGGAGGUGGAGGCGUUGGAGUCCAGGACGUGAAGCCGUCCAUGCUGGUGGCCGGUGGCUCGUCGUCCAAACAGCGCGAAGGUACCUCGUCGUCGAGCGGCGCCACGUCGCCCGGCAGCUCGACGUCCGCCUCGUCCUCGUUUAACGCGUACCACCUGAACCACCAUCAUCACCACCUCGGCGGUGGCGGCGGCGGCGGCGGUCAACACGAACCGGCCGCCGGCACCGCUGCCCCGACGUCCUCGUCGUCCUACACCCAUUAUCCCUAUCACCAUCACCAUCACCACCAUUCGGCCAUCGCUCCCGCCGUUUUCUCGCCCGCCAAACACCCCUCGUCCUCAUGCCAUUCGCCCGGCACCAACGCCAUGAAAAACUCCUCGUCCUCGUCUUCCAGAAAUAAGUCUAGGACCAGCGCCGAAGGACGAGAGUGCGUGAACUGCGGAGCCACGUCGACUCCAUUGUGGAGGAGAGACGGCACCGGACACUACCUGUGUAAUGCGUGUGGCCUCUACUAUAAAAUGAACGGGCAAAACCGGCCGCUGAUUAAGCCCAAGAGACGUCUGUCCUUGCAGUCGGCUGCCCGUAGAGCCGGAACGAGCUGUGCGAAUUGCAAAACGUCCACCACGACGCUGUGGAGAAGAAAUCAAAACGGCGAACCCGUUUGCAACGCUUGCGGUCUCUACUACAAACUACACAACGUUAACCGGCCGUUGACGAUGAAAAAGGAAGGCAUACAGACACGGAACCGGAAACUGUCGUCCAAGUCAAAGAAGAAGAAGGGUUCGAUAGUCGGUGGCUUGGGUGGAGGCAUUGGUGGUGGCAUCGGCAGUGGCGGUGGUGGAGGUGGCGGCGCUUGCCUGUCGCUAUCAGGAAUGAUGCGCGGCGAUGGCACCGGCGCCGGUUACCAUCAUCCGGCGUCCGCAGCCCUGCACCCGCACCCCGCUGCAAUGAGCCAUUACCAUCACCAUGCGGCCGCUGCGGCCGCGGCCAUGUACCACCAUCACCAUCACCAGGCUACGCAGCCGGCUGCACCCACCGCACCCAUUCAUCCACACCAUCACCACAUGGCGUCGCUCACCGGACUUGGGUUGCCCACGACGUCAAACGCAAUGGCUAGUUGGAGAUCCGAGUACGCGUGAUUAUUGGAUUUGCCGUUCCCCGGGCAUUCUAACCACAGCAGGGUCGGCGAAUGACAAACAUUAGUACUACAUAUUAUUAUUAUUAUUAUUAUUAUUAUUAUAAUACUACUAUCAAUAUUAUUAUCAACAUAUAAUAUACAUAUUAUUACAUAAUAUACAUAUAUACUCAUAGUUCCUAUUAAUAUUCCCGUUAAAAGAGAAGCUGAAAAAAUACGAACACUCUCUCACACACACACAUGUGUGCGCAAUCUCGCGUUCACAGAUGGCCAGUAUACAUAUUAUAAUGUAUGUAUGUAUGUAUGUAUGUAUGUAAGUAUAAGUAUAUAUUAUUAUAUAGUCUUAUACGUCUUCAAACGUUAUUAAAUUAAUUAUAAUUAUAUGCAUUACCUAUAUUAUAUUGUUUUGUUGUUUCGCAUAUCGAUAAUAUAACGACCGUCGCGGAUUUUUGUACAAGAAUAUAAUAUUAUUAUGUAUUGUUUCUUAAUUUUUUUUUUCUUCUAAUUUUAAAACUUGAAAAAACCACAAAAAAAUUUAUAAUAUAUACAAAGGUGAAAUAUAAACGUUCAUUUCUCUUUUCGCCUAUAAUGCCCAUUUAUACGUAUUAUACGACGGCGAUGUAGUGUUUACUCGAAACAACCAGUUUUUAUUUUUUUGAAACGUGCGUACAACGUCUACAUCAAUGUAAAACGCAUAUUUUAUACGAAAAAAAAAAUAAAAAAUAAUAAUAAUAAAAAACAAAAAUAUAUAUACAUAUAAUAUAUAUAUAUAAUACAAAUAGAUGAAUAUUAUUUAUGAGCUAGUCGAAAACGUGAACUUGUACAGAAAACGAUGUUUAGAACUCAGAUUUGUAUAUAGUAUAUAUAAUAUAUAUUACGAGAUAAUUUAUUAUAGUUUGUAAAAUUUAUUAAAUUAUAAUUUACAGAAUAUAUAUCAUAUAUUAAACGAUUAUUACGAUGUAAAUAAAUUUAUACAUGUAUAUAAAUAUAAAUGUGUGUAUACCGUUUGAUGUAAACCGAGAAAAGCUUUGUAUAUACGAUAUUUAUAGUUAGAUUAUUAUUAUUAUUAUCAUUAUUAUUAUUAUUAUUAUUAUUAUUAUUUUAGAAACAUUAAACGAUUUAGACAAACGA